AUGACGUCGGAAGCUGCUGCCAAACAGAGCCGAGGUUUCUUCGCUGACCAGUUUGAGAAUGCCGCCAACUGGCAAGCCCACUACCGCACAACAGGGCCCGAAAUUUAUGAACAGUGCGAGGGUAAAGUAGAUGCAUUCGUUGCAGGUGCUGGAACUGGAGGCACUAUCUCUGGAGUCGCACGAUACCUGAAACCACGGAUCUCUAACAUGACCGUCGUUCUGGCUGAUCCCCAAGGGAGCGGACUGUAUAACCGUGUCCGAUACGGCGUCAUGUUUGACACGAAGGAAAGAGAAGGAACAAGAAGAAGACAGCAAGUCGAUUCUAUCGUUGAAGGCAUAGGGAUCAAUCGUGUCACCGCAAAUUUCGAGGCUGGCCGGGAGUUGGUUGAUGACGCGGUCAGAGUUACUGAUGCACAGGCUAUCGCUAUGGCUAAAUGGCUUGUCGAAAAGGACGGUAUAUUCAUCGGCAGUAGUAGUGCUGUAAACUCUCUAAAGUUGGGUCCAGGACAUCGAGUCGUUACAAUCCUCUGUGAUUCCGGAACAAGGCACUUAUCGAAAUUCUGGGCCGAGGCAGGGAACGUUGGAGGCGCCGUUGGUACUAGGCUUGAGGAUGUCCUCAAUGCCAAGGAAUGA